AUGGAUGACGAUAAUAAAUUUAAAAUUUCAAAAAAUUCAGGACAUGGUACAACUCACAAAAUAAGAAAUGCUUUAAAUUUUACAGAUUCAAAAAAAUGGAAAAAAUUUUCAAGUAGAAGAUUAGCUUUAAUUGAUCAUUUUGGUCUAAGUGAAAGAAAAGCAUCUGAACAAGAUGAUAAUAUUAAACAGAUUGCUAAUAUUUUAAGAAGUGAAUUUAAUUAUCCUUGGGGUUCAACUUCAGAUUUUGAAAAAUUAGUAACUGCUGCUGUCCAAUCCGUUAGAAGAAAUAGAAAACGUUCUAAGAAGAAAACUUUAAGUAGAAUUAAUAGUUCAACUGAUACUAAUAAAUCUAUUACGACAUCUAGUAGUACUAUCAGAUUCAAUAAUACUAUCCAAUCCUCUACAUCUACAUCUUCUUCGAUCUCUUCUAUGGAUUAUAGUAAACCUACUCCAAAUAAAAUUGCUACUUUAUUGAUUGGGAAUAACAAUAAUAAUUCACUCUCUUCUUCUUCAGCAUCUUCUUCAGAUAAUGAUGAUUCUAAUGAAAAUAUGAUACAUUCUGCAUCUACUACAUUUUCUCCUGUAUUUUCUCCAUCUCAAUUGAUUGCAAAGACAAAUUCAUCUGUUGGUACUAAUAAUACAUUCAUCUUACCAAAACAACCUUUGAAUCAUCGUUUAGGUUCAACUUCAAAUAGUAUGGUUACAUUACCUUUACCAACUAUUUCAAAUUCUUCAUCUUCUUUAACAAAUAAUAAUAAUAAUAAUAAUAUUCAUGAACCUAUCAAAUCUAUGCUAAGAGCACUCAUUAAGAUUAACUUAUCAGAACAUAUAAAAAAUGGAUUUGAUCAAUCAAGAAUUCCAUUCAAUUUAAAACAAAACUUAUUAUCCAAUAUUCAACAAUCGACAUCAUUACUAUCAACGAUUGAAUCCUAUGAUUCACAAAACGCACAACAAUUUGCUAAUUUAGAAACAUUAGGUCAAACAUCUAUAAGAGCCUCCAUAUCUCUUGUCAUUGAAAGAUACUUUGUAAUGACUUUAAAGGAUUCUUUAUUGGGUAUGUUAAGAGUUAAAUCUUCAUCACAAGAUUAUAUUGAUAAGAUUACAGAAAAUUUAUUUAAUGACAUUGUUAUUGAUAUUUUACAAUCUAUCGAUCCAAUUUUAUUACAAUCAUCAAUCCAACCUGUAUCAAAUAAAAUCAAAAUAUUUAAUUUGAUAAUUGGUUCUUUAGUAAAAGAUUUUGGAUUUGAUUCUGUUUUAUCACCAUUAAAUGAUAUUAUUCAAAUUUUAAUUAAAUUGGAAUACCAGGAUAUACAAAAUAACAACAACAACAACAAUCUAAAUGGUCUUAAUAUGUUAAGCUCUGUCUCUCUUCAAGUUAAUGAAACUCCAGCACCUGCUCAAGCACCUGCACCAAUAUCAUCAUUAUUAUCAACAUCACCACAACCAACCAUAACGAAUGGUACGACGAUGGAAAAAUUACCAAGCGUGGCUUUAUUCGAUGAUAUCAUUAAGAGAAUUUCUACUAAGAAUGAUGCUCCAAAGAUUAAUUCAAUAAAACCAUUAAAUAUCUUACCAAAGACUAAUUUAUCAAUGAAAAGUUCUUUCGAAAAUGGUAAUUUACCACAACCUAUCCAUCAAUUCUAA